AUGGCCAAGCUCAACGCGUUGCCCCAAGGCUCUCUUGUCCUCGUCACUGGUGCCAAUGGCUACAUUGGUUCUCACGUCGUCAAAACCGUCCUCGAGCAAGGCUACCGCGUCCGCGGUACUGUCCGAUCCCCAAAGCCAUGGUUGGAUGAACUUUUCCAGACCAAGUUCGGCAAGGACAAGUUUGAGUCAUACAUUCUUUCUGAUCUCGAGAACGAGGAAGCUCUUUCAAAGGCAUUUGAUGGUGUCACCGGCAUCGUUCAUGUGGCAUCGGAUGUGAGCUUCAACGACGACCCCAGCGCCGUCAUCCCCUGGGUGGUCAAGGCUACCGAGACCGUCUUGGCAACGGCCGCGAAGUUCCCUGGCAUCAAGCGCGUUGUUCUCACUUCGUCUUCCUCUGCCACCUUGAUCCCCGAGCCGAACAACCGUGUUCGUAUUGACGAGAACACCUGGAACGACGCAGCCGUCAAUGCGGCUUGGGAUCCCAACACUCCAAAGGAGGUCAAGGGGUACAGUGUAUACGCUGCCUCCAAAACUGAAGGUGAACGCGCCGCCUGGAAGUGGGUUGAGAAGAACAAGCCCGGCUUUGUGUUCAACACGGUCCUGCCCAACUGCAACUUUGGAGAGAUCCUUCAUCCCGAAAUCUACGGCUCAACCAUGGGCUGGGUGCGCGACGUGCUCAAGGGAGACUACAAGGCCUUCUCCGUCUUCACGCCCCAGUACGCUGUUGACGUCGUGGACAUCGCCCGUCUCCACACCAUCGCUUUGCUCGCCGAUGACGUCAAGUCAGAGAGACUCUUUGGCUUCGCUGAUUCGGUGAACAGGUCUGACAUUUUCAAGACUCUUCGUGACCUGAGGCCUGACAACAAGAACAUCCCCGAGCCAAUUGAGAAUGAGGGACGGGAUCUCACUGAGGUUGUGCCGGCCAAGAGGGCAGAGCAGUUGUUGAAGGAGUACUACGGUCGUGAUGGCUGGGUUGGUUACAAAGAGAGUCUGGAGGCUGGCAUUCGGGACUUGUAA